CGAGGGCAUUCCAAGAUGGCGGCUCGAGCACAUAUGUCAGAUUACGAGAUUAAUUUGGGAAAUAAUGAUAUUGAACGAGAACAAGACGCCAUGUCGAAGAGCUCAGAAGAACCGCUUGGAAAUGUCUCUGACUAUGUCGCUGAACCAGCGGGCUAUAAUGGCGAGAAGCGGAAAGGGAUUCUAAUUUUUGACGCAAAUUUUGAAAGUGGGAAUCUGGGUCGUGUUGAUUUGAUAAAUGAUUUUGAGUAUGAUCUUUUUGUCCGACCGGACACUUGUAACGCAAGGUUAUUGUCUGUUUUAUCUUCUUUUAAUACAUACUAAAGACAGACUGAAAUCUGUGCUUUCAAAAUCUUAUGUCUAAAAGUUUAUGUAUACAAAAUACAGUACAGUCAGUACUUUGCUAUGUAAACAGUAAACCGAAUGUACAGUACAGCUGGCUUUCUAGCGAGUGUAGUAUUCUAUAAUAUGCACAGUUUGUAGCAGAAAACAGUAUGUAGCAGAAAACAUACAAAAGAAAUGGAGCGAAACUGGUGGAACUUUUAGGAGAACGACCGUUUCUCUAUUCAAAAUAAAAUAUUAAACCCUUACACAUUGUAUUUAUACAUGGAUCGCUUUUUUUAUGCGGGCUAUCGAAUUACAGGUUAGGUCUGUGAUACAGUCUAUGCUUUUUAUGACAGAGACAACAUUGCUAAGAAUGGUCACUUUUCUUCAGCGUAACUUUCAAAGGGUUGCAACUUCCUGAAAAUAUAAAGGGAGAAUUUCGAUGUUUUGAGUGAAGGCCCUUCGUUAGUAACUCCAGACAAGAGGCCUUCGCUCGUAACGUCGAAAUUCUCCUUAUAUUUUCAGGUAGUUGAUCCCUACCAACGAAAGCUUGUUCAUUUGAUUGCCACUACCAACACUGGCAAAGUCAGUUCAAGAUUAACUUUUAUUGUCGAUUUCAUAUUACUUUUCAAAGCGCGUUUCCCAAGUUUGUUGUCAACUUGCCAAUUACGUUUCCAAAUUCGGAAGUUGGGUGUGAACUUCACAACGAAGUUCGCAAGUUCAUUUCAAAGUUUGACCUUCGAUUGUAAACAAAUGUAAAAAUUUGUUUACAAAUUACUGUAUUAUAAAGGCAUUUUUCGUCUUGGGAAACCACUGGACCAACAUUUUACUGCAGUAAUAUGUGCAUAGGGCCUUAUACAGUAAUUUCAACUCCAACUAUGAACAUUUGUUUACAAUCAAAGUUCGAACUUUGAAAUGAACUUGCGAACUUCGUUGCGAAGUUCACGCCGAACUUAACAUAAUUGGCAAGGUCGCACAAACUUGGGAACAGCGUGUUGAAAAGUUACCUGAAAUCGAUGCUUUCUUAUAAACCUGGCCAUUUUAAUUUUUAAAACAACACCUUUUGCAUUUGAAUAGAUUUCGAGUUUGGUUCAAUUUCACAGUGAAGAAUGUAUCAGCGUACCAGCGAGUCAUUUUCAACAUUGUGAACUUCAGUAAAACCAAAAGUUUAUAUCGAGAGGGAAUGAGCCCCGUUGUGAAAUCCUCAAGUCGACCGAAAUGGCAAAGGAUCGCAGCAAAGAAUGUGUUUUACUACCGUUGUCCAGAUCACAGAAAGAACUAUGUCAUGUCUUUUGCAUUUUGCUUCGACAAAGACGAGGACAUGUAUCAGUUCGCGUACUCAUAUCCCUAUACCUACACGCGAUUGCAGAAAUAUUUGAAUCAAUUGCAAAGGCGUGGGAUGGACUAUUUUCAAAGAAAGCAGUUGUGUCUGUCAGUUCAGCAAAGAAAAGUCGAUCUCUUGACGAUAACAUCGAAAGGAAAUGGUGGCAACCAACGAAAGAGAGUUGUCUUUUUUACUGCUAGAGUUCAUCCAGGUAGUCUAUGACGGCUUCCAAUGACGGCAUCAACUAUUUCGCUCACCUCAGAAUGACAUUUCGUCAAAACCUUUUUCUUCAAAAUUGGUUUAGAAACAAAUUUGUAGUAGGGUUAGGUUAGGGUAAGGAUUAGGGUUAGAGUUGGUGUUUGGAGUAGGGUUAGUGUUAGUAAACCCGUUGCUUUGUUACGUUUUGUCACUCUGAGGCCAGCGAAAUAAUCUCUUCCGACUAUGACGCUGUAGUGUUGUAUUAACGAGUCACUGACUCCGGCUCGAGUCACCAUUUUCAGCAAAUCAAGUCUGGUGUGAAACAUCCAGACUCCAGAUCGCAUUUUUCUUCAUGACCAAUUUUGUAAUCCUUUCAAAACUGAGAAGGACUUGGGGGGGGGGGAGGAUGGGCCGAAACCUCUUAGUGUUUUCAUCCAUGACAUAAAAUCUACCAAAUCCUGUGGUUUUCAGAUCAUCAUAAAACGUGUGUAAAAUGCAUGAAAUAUCGUUUUGCAGACUGUGAAAAUAGAAACAUUUUCCGUCUUAAAACGUGUUCGGAAUAAAUUCAUGAAAAGUUUAUCAUGCUCGGAAAGAUUUCUCAGUUCUAGUCAACCUGGUCUCCAUAAUGGGGCCCGAGUUCAAUCCCUUCGUGAAUUCUUAUUGGAAAAUAAAUCGCCCCAGGCAUAUAAGUGAACUCACAUGAAAUAGGUCCAUGGAAAUUAAUACGUCCAUGAGAUAUUACGUCCAUUUGUCAUUCAAGAUGAAUUGAAUUAAAGAACUGCCUCUCUCAUUCUAGGUGAAACACCCGCAUCCUACGUAUGUCAAGGUAUCAUCGAUUUCCUAGUCAGUCAGCAUCCGAUGGCCAAAGUACUUCGAGAUUACAUCAUAUUUAAAAUUAUCCCAAUGCUGAACCCAGACGGGGUGGUGUUGGGAAACUAUCGCUCCUCUCUCAUGGGUUUCGAUUUAAACCGUCACUGGAACGAGCCCACGGUUUGGGCACAUCCCAGCAUUUCUGCAGCAAAAGAUGUGAUCAUGGCCUUAGAUGAAAACAGGAACGUCGACCUCGAUUUCUUUAUUGAUAUCCACGCUCAUUCCACCUUGAACAACAGCUUCAUGUAUGGAAACAUCUACGACAAUGAGGAUAGAUUCGAGAGACAAAUGGCCUUUCCUAGACUCUUGUAUGGUAAUGCUGAUGACUUUUCAAUGUCCAACACCUCAUUCAACCGCGAUGCAUUAAAGGCUGGGACAGGCAGACGCUUUCUAGGGAACGCCUUAAACCCCCGAGCUCAUUGUUACACACUCGAGGUAUCAUUCGCAAGCUAUAUUACAGGAUAUGGCCAAGUGAAUACGCCUUACACCGAAGAAGCGUAUCACCGAUUGGGUCGGAACGUAGCGAGGACGUUUUUAGACUAUUACAAGUUGGAUCCUCUCGUGUUGGACGUAAGAUUGAAGCAGUCGUACGCAGCGAGGGGCAAGCAAUCGUCUGAGGACGAAUCGUGUUCGUCUUUGGAACAUGAUAAAGGAAAAAUCCAUAACGAUGUUCCCACUUUCAACAGAAAUAGCUCGGAUUCAUCUGUAGAUUCCAACGGACUUACUUCGUUAAGGCUUACACACAGAAAAACGAAGUAG